AACACACUUCUAUGACCCAGUUCUGCUCAUUAAUUAGAAAGUGUAGGUUUAAAGGAAGAAGAGGAGAAGAUUCUAGCGUGCACGAUCAAUGAUUAAAAUAAAACGGUAAAACCCGUAUUUUAACCCUCACUUUCACUAUAUAAACAGUGGGAGGCGUGUGUUAUUUCAUCAACUAUCACAACGCAAAAUAAUCAAGUAGAAGCUUUAAAAGAGAGAGAGAAAUGGCGACGUCAGGAACAUACGUGACGGAGGUUCCGUUGAAAGGAACAGCGGAGAAACACUACAAGAGGUGGAAGAGCGAGAACCAUGUCUUCCCUGACGCAAUCGGCCACCACAUCCAAAAUGUCACCGUUCACGAGGGCGAACAUGACUCCCAUGGUUCUAUCAGGAGCUGGAACUACACAUGGGAUGGAAAGGAAGAGAUGUUCAAGGAGAAGAGAGAGGUAGACGAUGAGAACUUAACGUUGACGUUAAGAGGACUUGAGGGUCACGUGAUGGAGCAACUCAAGGUGUAUGAUGUCAUCUACCAAUUUAUCCCAAAAACUGAGGAUACCUGCGCCUGCAAAAUCACCAUUGUGUGGGAGAAGCGCAACGAUGAUUCUCCUGAACCAAGCACCUACAUGAAAUUCGUCAAGAGCCUGGUCGCAGACAUGGACCACCACGUCAACAAAGCUUAAUCAUUAUAACCAUCACCACCAUCAUCAUCAACAUCGCACCAUCACCAUCAUCACUGUCUCUACUUACUUAUUGAGGUGUUUAUCAAUAUAAUAAAGGGCGUCUUGUACGUGGAGUUUAAUUUUAUGUAAUUGUCUGGUUCCGUAAGACGGUUUGAUAUGUUGUCAUGGUCAUCAUCGAGUUCGAUGUAAUGAUUCUUACGAAUAAUGUACGUUCUUCAGUAAUCUACUUUUUCAGUCUUUAGUAUAA